GAGCUCAGUGAGCCUGAGAGCGCGUGAACGUGAGGGAGGCCGAACGGAGCCGAGCAGAACCGAGUAGAACCGACCCGACCGGAGUCUGGAAUUACCCCCCAGCAUUCAUAAGACCGCGGUGGAGCUGACGCCGUGACCUGUCGCUCCGCUCCGGCGGUCUUUCACCGCCCCCCCUCCGCCUCCUUCUCCCGGAGAGCCAUUAGCAUCGGCGGCUAACGUAGCUAGCAGCUAGCCGUUACAUACCGAGGCUUCUCCAGCUGACCUCUACCACAACACAGCAGCUCUGAGCACCUCCUCCUCGCUCCUCCGGGGUAUUUACCCCCUCCUCGGCUACCCCACCACCACCUCCAGCAUCUCCGCUUCCAGGUGUCCCGCCGAAGGUUCCCGAAUAUGAUCCAGAAUGAGCCAAAGAGACACCCUAGUUCAUCUGUUUGCUGGAGGAUGUGGAGGCACUGUCGGAGCCAUCUUGACGUGUCCUCUGGAAGUGGUGAAGACUCGUCUGCAGUCGUCCUCCAUCACCCUGUACGUGUCUGAGGUCCAGCUCAGCACCGUCAAUGGGGCCAGCGUGGCCCGCGUGGCCCCCCCGGGCCCCCUGCACUGUCUCAAGUUGAUACUGGAGAAGGAAGGCCCUCGCUCGCUCUUCAGGGGCCUGGGGCCAAACCUAGUGGGCGUGGCACCUUCCAGGGCGAUCUACUUCGCUGCUUAUUCCACAGCCAAAGAGAAGCUGAAUGGCGUGCUGGAAGCGGACUCCACCCAGGUGCACAUGGUGUCGGCAGGAAUGGCAGGUUUUACAGCCAUCACAGCAACCAACCCCAUCUGGCUCAUAAAGACUCGGUUACAGCUGGACGCCAGGAACCGAGGCGAGCGGCGGAUGAACGCCUUCGACUGCGUGCGCCGGGUGUACCAGGCGGACGGCCUGCGGGGCUUCUACAGGGGAAUGUCGGCGUCCUACGCCGGCAUCUCAGAGACUGUGAUCCACUUUGUGAUCUAUGAAAACAUUAAGCGGCGCCUCCUGGAGGCCAAAGCGCCGCAGAACAUGGACGAGGAGGAGGAGUCGUCCAAGGACGCCUCAGACUUUGUGGGCAUGAUGCUCGCCGCCGCCACCUCCAAGACGUGUGCCACGACCAUCGCUUAUCCUCACGAGGUGAUCCGCACCAGGCUACGUGAGGAGGGCACCAAGUACCGCUCCUUCUUCCAGACUCUAACGACAGUGCCCAAAGAGGAGGGUUACCGCGCCCUCUACCGCGGCCUCACCACCCACCUGGUCCGCCAGAUCCCCAACACCGCCAUCAUGAUGUGCACCUACGAGCUGGUGGUCUACCUCCUGAACGGUUAAAGCCCCUCCACCCCACCCCUCCACCCCGGACUUCCUCUGGGACGACUCUCUGUGACCCCACCCUCUGGUCGACACGAGCAGGUGUUUAAAAAAAAGUUUUAAAAAAAGUUUGUGUUUGUAACCAAAAGGACGUGGAGCUGACCCUCGAGUUGGUUGGAGGAAUGAAUUCCCGGUGUCCUUUAUCUCCGUCAGACUCCACCUGCCUCUAACCAUACUAAUGUAGAGGAGGAAUAGAUCCAGCAAUCCCUGCAGCCCUCACCGCCACACUCGGUAGCUACCAGACAUCUGGAGGUGGGACGAAUGAUCCGGAGCCUGGGAGGAGGGCGGAGGGUGGAGUUCAGGGCAGGCAAUGAGCGGGAGAGGCGAACGGAAGAUGUGCCUUGCGUGUAGAUGUUAAAGUUCCACUUAUGUGCAACCAGGCUUCCUGAGUGAAAGAUUUACAUAAAUGAAAAACAGAAGCACUUACCCGAAGGUGGUCGGUACUCGUGAUGGAGGAAGUUUGCUCGCUAACAACUCAAUGCUAACACACCUCGUCAAAGAUUAUCCAUAUGAAGAGUCACGGUAUCGAGGUCCUGACUAAUUAAAACCAAACCGAUCUCAAAUUUAACUAUCAAUUCUGAGAAAAUACGACCUUAAAAGAAAGAACUGUAGCUGUCUGGGUUCUCCGAACUUUGAUUUUCAUGCAUCUGACAACAUGAACACACUGUAUUGGAGAAGUUUUCAUGUUUUCAAACCUGCAGUGGCGCCAAACCUGUAAAAUCCAGUGUUGCAGUACGAUUUUGUCCCACUAGGUGGUACAGUGAGUCGCUGUCCUCUUGUUCACGCUGGUGAAACAUGGCUGAGGACCGCGGCUCACCGCCAACAACGCACAAACGCAGCUCAGCUGAACGCCAACGCACCCUUCAUGGUCGUUUCAUCAACUGUUCUGACAACAUGCAGUCGACCGUUUCUCGGAUUAUCACUUCAAAAUGUUGCAGUAUGCGAUAAAAUUUCAUCGUGACGUAACGUGGAAGUUUUCACGUCUUCAGAGUGAAUUUUUUGCGGGUUGCAGAAUAAUUAUCACGGUUUCAACUUCAAACUCUAAGGCAUUAUAUCAAAACAUAACCACAUUACGUUAUUAGAAUUGUUUGUUCCUACGUGACACACAACCACAUGACGCUAAUUUUCUGGCUUCGAUUUGGAAACUUCAGUUCUCUAACAUGCUAACAUUUUCCUUCACGUUUCUACUCAAUACCCCCGCGUUGCCAUUUAAUCCACUGUCACGUGAUGCUAAGUAGCUGAAAUGCUGAAGACGAGUCGUCUGUGAAACUGGACGGAGGUUAAGAAGCCGCCAAACCGAAGCAGUAUGGAAUCCUCCAUUCGAACCACUGGAAUGUAAAUAAAAACCUAAAACCGUGACCCGUCGUGAAGUAAAGGUAAAUUAACAGAUUUUAACAGAUGUGUGUAUGAAAUAGCUGUGUUAUAUGACUGUGUUGCAUUUUUUUUCCCCCACCUGCCUCUGGCAGAGUGCACGGAGAGGGGAGACGUUCCCUUUUCCUCAGCCGAACCCCAUUUAGUUCUUGUAGCACUUUGUCUGGUCUCACGGCUCCAGGCGAGGACGGGCCUCUGGAGUUUAUACUGGAAACGUGGAAACAGCUCUUCAGAAACGCACAUCAUCUUUAUCUACAAGGAAGCAGGAAAGAAACCGGUUCGUCUGAUUCUUUCCUCGUGUUCGUUUGUCUUCUCAACAAGUGAAAUUACAGCAUUUCAACCACAUAUUCAUUUUUCCCCAACUACCUAUGUGUGUGUUUUUGGAAGAAACAUUUUUUUUUUGCUUGUUUUUUUUUAACUACUCAGUUUCUGGGGAUUUGUGUUGCUGCCACAGCAGAAAUAAACCUUUUUAGUUUUUCCUGCAGGAGGCGCCAGACAGCGUCGAUGAAAUGCAGGCAAAAUUGGGCAAAAACCUGCUUUUCUUGGAUUUGUAAUCGUGAAAUUGAGGAUGAAACAAUUUAUUUCAUUGGAGCACACAUAUUUACAACAGAUUUUAAAAUGAAAAGCAUAUUAGCAUUACAUGGUAAUCCUAUAAAAUCGAAAAGAUGAUCACUUUUUGAGGUUGCAUUUGUAAAUUGACUCGAAGGUUAGUACAAUUUUUUGCAUUAAAAAUGAAUUAAUAUUCUCAAACUUAAAAACAUACAAAACUUCCGUGUCAGAACAAUACACUGCCACAUAAUGCAGAUAUUUAACAUUUUAUUGUGGAACUUUUCAUGUUAUACGAUGCCAGCAGUCUCAUCAUUUGGUCAGUUUUAGUGAAUGAAAUGUAAAUUUUCAGAUUAUCACCUCAUCAGAGAUCAAUAUGUUAAUAAUAUGUUCCAACUGAAUAACUUAGCAUGUGGGAAUGUGUUAUGUUUUAUCUAACUUUAUUGUAAUGUGAACAUUUUUGUGCUGUGAUGUUCAUCUGUAAAACUUUCAAUGUAGUUGUAAAAAAGAAAAAGUUUGAGAUUGUGAAAGGUUAGCAUUAUGUGGUGGUGAAUCAUAUUUUGUCAGAAUUUUUACAUUUCUGCUCCAUGGCAACGGUUCCUCACUUAGUUUCACCAGAUUUAGAAAUGGUCCGUAAUAAACCUUGAAGUUUUAGCUUGAAUGUCAGAGUAAAACAUGGUUAAAUGUUCAUUUCCUGAUGUGGCAGCAAUACAUUUCAGGAUGUUUCCAGUUGAACAUUAACGUCAGAAGAGAAGUGAAGUCUUGACGCUGUCCGACCGGAAACGCUCCCCAACUUUAAUGUGAACAUUUUACACACAUGCAGAUAACAGAUCUUCAUAUGAACCGUCUUAGCUCUUCUCAUUCAUGCUUUCAUGCUUCACAUGCGAAGGAAGUAGAACCGUUUUACUCCAGAUAACAAGCAAACACACUUUCUCUGGUCUUGGAAACUGUCUCUCUUUUUUUUUUUCUUCCACGGACUUUGACGGAAAUUUCAGUAUUCCAACACUUAGUUUCUGCUGUACAAAUGAAGGAGAUUUAAACUUCUAUGCAUCUCUUCAGUUUUGUCGGUGUGCUGUUGGUCGAUUGUGAGAGUGUGUGAGUGUGUAAAAACCUUCAAACAGUGUUUUCUCUUUUUUCUUUUAAAGAAAAAAAAAGACCUCUUGAGACAAGUUGUUGCCUUUAUCCUUUCCUCCCUCGGUGUUCUCUUCAUGUGGUCAUGCAGUCGUUCCCCAGCGGCUCGCUCUAUGCAUUCUCUCAUUCUCUUGUUUUUGUAAAACAAUAAAAUCAAUAAAAUGGAGUGCAACUAUGUUCUGCCUGUAAAA